AAGUUCAAGAAGAAUCAUGCAACUGCAAUACCCAUAAGGCAUUGCUGUAACCGCGGAAGUCCUUUUCUUUCCUUCCGCCGAAGCUGAAGUCCCUUUUGGGUUUUCAUCGGCGGUCAUCAUGGCUGCCCUCCGACCCCUAACGAAACCCAAGCUUGUCAAAAAAAGAACCAAAAAGUUUAUACGUCACCAGUCUGACAGAUACGUUAAGAUCAAGCAAAACUGGCGUAAACCCAGAGGAAUUGACAACAGGGUCCGCAGAAGGUUCAAGGGCCAGAUGUUGAUGCCCAACAUUGGUUAUGGUAGCAACAAAAAGACCAAGUUCAUUUUGCCAACCGGCUUCAAGAAGUUUUUGGUGCACAAUGUCAAAGAGCUCGAAGUCCUGAUGAUGAGCAACAAGACUCACUGUGCAGAAAUCGCCCACAACGUCUCCUCCAAAAACAGGAAGUUGAUUGUGGAAAGGGCUGCUCAGCUGGCAAUUAAGAUCACCAAUCCAAACGCCAGGCUCAGGAGUGAAGAAAAUGAAUAAACUUUUGAUUCAAAAUAAAGUUCCUCUACAAAACC